AGUCAGGGUUUCCUCGCCAGGGAGCCGCAGGGAGAGCACAGACGGAACGGAGCGCGGCAAUGCCCACCUGAUCGGAGCCGGGCUGAGGUUACUGGAGAUGUCUGUAGCUGUUUCUUGACGAAUUCAUAUAAAAUCAGAGGUACACUGGAUAAUCGAGGGAAAUGUGGAGCUCCACCAUGCGUAAUGGGCGCGUUUUUGGCCAAGAGCGGAUCAAGAGAUUGAAGUGUAUCUCCUGAGUUGGUGAUGAAAUCAGCAUGAAGUCGCUUGAUGCGCCGUGUUUCCUAGGCUGUAUCCUGAUCCGGAUUGCGACCCAUGGGAUGUAGUAAAUGGAGAGCUGCGUUCAACUUUGGACACCUGAAGGCGCACAAGCUGUCUGCUUUCUUUACCAUGAUCAUCCUCUUCACUUACUACUUUUACUGUCUCAACGGAUACUGCGACUCCCUCCCCAGACCUGUGUACUACUGCAACCACCAAACCAUCUCACAGGAUGGGCUAGAACCGGAACCGCAGGGCUCGUUCACUGCCUCUCCGGUCUCGUUGGUGCGGAAACAGCUGUCGCACGUGCCAAAGAGCGCAUCUCCUCAAUCGAACAAUAUUUCUAUUUCUAAUAGUUUUGGCAGCAAAAAGUUCCCACAGGCCAUCAUCAUCGGGGUGAAGAAGGGCGGCACGCGGGCUCUGCUGGAGUUUCUACGCAUCCAUCCAGACGUGAGAGCCGUGGGCGCAGAGCCGCACUUCUUCGACCGCUUCUACGAGAAGGGACUGGACUGGUACAGGAACCUGAUGCCUCGUACUCUGGAGGGUCAGAUCACCAUGGAAAAGACUCCAAGUUAUUUCGUCACCAAAGAAGCCCCUCGCCGUGUCCUUUCCAUGAGCCGUCGUACUAAACUCAUUGUGGUGGUGCGAGACCCCGUGACCCGGGCUGUUUCUGACUACACCCAGACCUUGUCCAAAUCCCCUGGACUUCCAUCUUUCCAGAGCCUGACUUUCCACAAUGCCACCACAGGGCUCAUUGACACAUCUUGGAGCGCCGUUCGCAUCGGCAUCUACGCCAAGCACCUGGAGAACUGGCUGCGCUACUUUCCACUCUCGCGUUUCCUCUUUGUGAGUGGGGAACAACUCGUGACGGACCCAGCAGGGGAAAUGGGCCGGGUCCAAGACUUCUUAGGGCUCAAACGCGUGGUGACAGACAAACACUUCUACUUCAACCAGACCAAAGGUUUCCCAUGCCUAAAGAAGCCCGAAGGGAGCAGCCGGCCCCGCUGCCUGGGGAAGUCAAAGGGCAGGCCACAUCCUCAGAUACCGGGUGAGGUCCUGCUCAAGCUUAGAGACUUCUACAGACCCUUCAAUCUGAAGUUCUACCAAAUGACAGGCCACAAUUUUGGCUGGAACUGAAGGACAUCUCACCAAAGCUGUUAAAAUCCCACAAUACCAGCUUUAUGUGGCACCACGUGGCACCACAUUAUAUCUUUGUGGGUUUACAAAAGGCAUCUUUAGAAGGUUUGAUGAAGCUUUGGUCUUUAAAGCCACUUUAGCAAAGGAAAAUGGUCCUAAACACAAGCACAGAACAACAUGUUUUCCAGGGAUUUUUUUUGUUUGUUUUCCCUUAGUUUCUGUCCAAAACACACCACAGGAAUAAAAGAAGAAAAGAAAAGUAGAACAGUCGUGUGAAACAAGGUACCUUCAUGUCAAAAGGCUAUCAGAGCCUAGCGAACCAACCAAGAAUAAUGAAUAAUGGACAAUGCUACUUUCAUAACUAAGAUGGUUGAGACGGGUGAUUAAGUCAACAUCCUUUUUCUUUUCAGGUUUGAGUAAAUUAAAUGAUUUUGUAGUUAACUUUUAAACACAGAUGCAAUAGCUGGUACAAAGGCACCAAACACACACAAAGCUGUUCUUGAGAUGUACGGUUGCUCUUAUUUAUGUCUUCAAAGUAGUGUUCUACAUCUUUACAGAUCUGGAAAGAUUAUUUACAAAAAAAAAUUUCCUGUAUCAUUUAAAUGUACUAAAAUGCAAGUCUGUAUUUUUUUUUAUCUUAAUUUAUUAGACAACAAACUGUUGUAGUGUUUAUUUUUUUCUGAGAAUUUUGUAUUGGAAUUUCUGUUGAAUUCUGACUAAAC